ACAUUCUACCAGAUUUAAUUUCUAGGUUGUUUGUUGAAUCUGACAUUAGCUUUAGUUGUUGUUGAUAUUAUUAAUUGUGUACCACGUCUACAUAAUAAUGGCGUCUGUUUUGUUAAGUAAACUGGAUGUUGGAUAUCUGGAAAAGUGCAGUGGCGACAGUGGUCUUAAUUAUGGCAUUAUCAUAGGCCAGAAUGUUAAAUCGGAAAGUUUCUUAGUAGUUCAUCUUGCAAAAAACUGUGAAGAGGACAUGGAAAUCUUGCUAAAAGCCAACGAGAAUGAAUUAGUACAAGGACCAACCUCCAUAGCCGAAAUCAGCACCCAAGCUUUAGCUACGCAGUGGACUGCCGCCAGCAAAAUGUGUCCUGGCUCAUUUAAUGUACAAGGCGUUUUUGUUACCAGUGAGAAGCAGAACUUUGAUGAUGAAAAUACAAAUAUUGCUGCAAAGAAAAUGUUGCACGAGUUGCACAAUAUACUUUUUCAGGGUAAUGUUUUCUGUGCCUCAGUUGAUGAAGAGAAUCCAGCUUUGAUAUUUCUGGCAUAUUCAGCAGCAAGCAAAAAAGCAAUUUGUCAAGCUUAUACGAAUGAUAUGACGGGCGGCUCGUUUGCAUCCAUGAAUUGUCAGUUCAUAGAUAAAUCUAUAGACUGGCAUACUUUUGAAUGUUGCUAUGAAUUGGAUGAAAUAUUUCCAAUAUUUGAUGAUUCCCAGAGGAUUAAUAUAGAGAAUCAAUUUCAACGUGCUUUGUUAGCAAUGAAACGAAGUUUAUCCGAAAGUGAAAUGUUUAUAGAAAACAUUUGGGUGGAUGAAUCCUUAUCUCUGGAUGGGUUCGCAGCAAACAAUCGAAAGAAAGUCGGGAAUGAAAACUACAAAGCAACUAUAUUUUUACCAGUAAAAUGUCAUCAAUAUAAUGAGCACUCGGUUAAAGUACGGAAAUUCAAUGGAACAAUUAGACUUUCUGGCAUUAUUUUUUCCAGAAUUUGGUGCAGCAAUAAAAACACGUUGGGUGAUGUUAAGCGAUAUGUACAGAAUGAUAUAUUACGUUCAUUAGCGGCCAGAAUUCAAGUUUAUUGUGACGGAUUAACCGAUCCUCAUGUUAGUAAUGACUCCGUAUUUAUAAGUGAACCUCCGCGACGUGUUUUCUUUAACUUAUUCGCUGAUGGAACAAUCAAUCCAAUACAAUUCUCAGAAUAUAUAUUUCGUGGAGAAGCGCCAACAGUAGCUGUGGCCCAAGCUAAACAAGUUCUCGAUUUAGAUAUUAGUUUAGAAAAUAUUGUUGCAGACUUAGAGGGCUUGCCCGAUGAUGAAAUAUUUAGUGAUAUCUCGUUAAGUAAUGUACAAAAGAAUUCUACGCAACCGAUGGUUAACACAGAAAAAUACUUAACACGUUCCAUGUACAUAUUAGGUAUAACCAUCUCUCUGUUAGUGCUCUUAUGUUCUAUUUGGUUGCAUUAUUUCUUUCCUUAAUUAGACUUCUACCUGUUGAUAAUUUUCUAAAUAACAAAAGUUUUAUAUAUAAAGCGCAUUGUUUGUUUGUUUAAUAUUCAGUUUUAUUUAUUUAAAAAACUUGUACAUUAUAUCAUAUCUAAACAAAAGAACGUUUGUAAUUUAAUCAAUUUGAAAAAUGGUUAAUAAAAAAAACAUAUUUUCUCGUAUAUCUAUUGUCUAAUACCUUCUUUGUUAUACAUAUGUAAGUAUAUCAAUUUCAAUAAGUUUAGUGUUUAUGAGUUGCCUUAUCAGCAAACAAUUCACAUUUUAGAAAACUCUUCCUUUGAAGAGCUUAAAAGCACUCAAACUCAAACAUGUUUGUAAGAGAUUUGAGUGGUAACUCGAUCCGAUGUGAAGAGAAAAAGACAAAUUGAAAUUUGAAUUUUAUUUUCUGUUUUUGUAAAUAUGCAAAUAUAUGUAUGUUAUAUAAUAGAAAUAUUUUAGAAAAUUCGGUAAUAAAAAACCAGUACAGAA